UUGCUGUUUCCUCAAGUUGCAGGUCUAUGGAAAUGCAGGAUCUAACCAGCCCACAUAGCCGACUAAGUGGUAGUAGUGAAUCCCCCAGUGGUGCAAAGCUUGAUAACGCUCAUAUAAAUAGCAAUUCCAUGACACCCAAUGGCACAGAAGGUGACAACAUGACUCUGCUCAACACUGCAGCCUGGUUUUUAAAUAUGAGUACUCAGACCACUGCAGGUUUGUCAUUGCUUCUGGUUAAAACAGAGCCAAUGAGCAGCAGUGAGAUUGCUACAACAGCAGCAGACGCUUCUUUAGACAACUUCUCAGGAUCAGCAAUUGGAAGUAGUGGCUUCAGCCCAAGACAAACACAUCAGUUUUCCCCACCACAGAUAUAUCCUUCCAAACCAUACCCACAUAUUCUCCCUACCCCUUCCUCACAAACUAUGGCUGCAUAUGGGCAAACACAGUUUACCACAGGAAUGCAACAGGCUACAGCAUAUGCCACAUACCCACAGCCAGGACAGCCAUAUGGAAUCCCUUCGUAUGAUCUGGGUGCAUUGUGGGCAGGCAUCAAGACAGAAGGCGGAUUGUCCCAAUCACAGACACCUGGACAGACAGGAUUUCUAAGCUAUGGCACAAGCUUUAGUACUCCUCAACCUGGACAGGCACCAUACAGCUACCAAAUGCAAGGUAGCAGUUUUACAACAUCGUCAGGACUAUACACGGGAAAUAAUUCACUCACAAAUUCUUCUGGAUUUAAUAGCUCACAGCAGGAAUAUGCAUCUUAUACCAGCUUUGGCCAGGGUCAGUAUGCACAGUAUUAUAAUAGCUCACCGUACCCAUCCCAUUACAUGACAAGCACUAACACCAGUCCAACAACGCCUUCUACAAACGCAACAUACCAGCUUCAAGAACCACCAUCUGGCAUCACCAGUCAAGCAGUUACAGAUCCCACUGCAGCAGAGUACAGUACAAUCCACAGUCCUUCAACACCUAUUAAAGAUUCAGAUUCAGAUCGAUUGCGCCGUGGUUCAGAUGGGAAAUCACGUGGGCGGGGCCGAAGAAACAAUAACCCUUCACCACCACCAGAUUCUGACCUUGAGAGGGUAUUCAUCUGGGAUUUGGAUGAGACAAUCAUCGUUUUCCAUUCCUUGCUUACUGGGUCCUAUGCUAACAGAUAUGGAAGGGAUCCACCUACUUCUGUUUCACUUGGACUGAGAAUGGAAGAAAUGAUUUUCAAUUUGGCAGACACACAUCUGUUCUUUAAUGAUUUAGAAGAAUGUGAUCAAGUUCACAUAGAUGAUGUCUCUUCUGACGAUAAUGGUCAAGACCUAAGCACAUAUAACUUUGGAACUGAUGGCUUUCCUGCUGCAGCAACCAGCGCUAACCUAUGCUUAGCAACUGGUGUUCGAGGAGGAGUAGACUGGAUGAGAAAGUUGGCGUUCCGCUAUAGACGAGUAAAAGAAAUCUAUAAUACCUACAAAAAUAAUGUUGGAGGUCUUCUUGGUCCAGCCAAAAGAGAAGCUUGGCUCCAGUUAAGGGCAGAAAUCGAAGCUCUAACAGAUUCCUGGUUAACACUUGCACUGAAAGCCUUGACACUGAUUCACUCUAGGACAAACUGUGUGAAUAUUUUAGUAACAACUACUCAACUUAUUCCAGCCCUGGCAAAAGUCCUGCUGUAUGGAUUAGGAGUUGUGUUUCCAAUCGAAAAUAUUUACAGUGCAACGAAAAUAGGAAAGGAAAGUUGUUUUGAGCGAAUAAUUCAAAGGUUUGGAAGAAAAGUUGUAUAUGUUGUUAUAGGAGAUGGUGCGGAAGAAGAACAAGGAGCAAAAAAGCAUGCAAUGCCAUUUUGGAGGAUCUCAAGUCACUCUGACCUUAUGGCUCUUCAUCAUGCCUUAGAACUGGAGUACCUGUAG